AUAAAAUUUACCAUGGUCAAUAGAGUAUAAUAUAUGAAAAGGUUUGUAUUUAUCUGUUCAAGAAAACUGUGAAAAAAAAUCCUCUUAAAAUGAAGGAAUAGAAUGUUUUUAGAUUGUAUAUUUAAAACACAUAUAGAUUUCUUUGCAUGUACAUUUUAUAUAUGUGCUGAUGACGAGUCAGAUUGUUGUCCUAAGGUACCGAGGUAUUGGCCUGUAACUACAUUAGGUACCUUUAUGACAUUUUAGAUAUCUGCAUGUGAAACUUUUUUUAAUUUUUUAUUUUAUUAUUUCCUGUCAUGUUCCAAGGAAGAUGGCAAAACUCCAAAACCAAUGAGAAUUAGACGCAGAUCGGAGACGAUCAAACUACGGGUCCUUAACAGGACUUUGGAAUUUUCAGCGUUCAUAACUCAAACUAGUUUGAAACCAUUGCUUCCAAUGAAAAAGCAAAAGACUGAAUACUAACAGGGCACUGGGGAUUAAUGGAAUUUGAGGAAGAUUGGUAUAAACCAACAUGAAGAAGUAGAAGACAUCUACUAAAAGACCAUGGUGCUACACUUAUCUGCAGGAAAAAAUGUUUUGGGAUGUACAACGCAACCGUAGAAGAAAUAUAACCAGGCCUAAUAAUCAAAUUCCUUGAUGAAUUGGGACUCAGCGGUGUGCUAUAGGUGUAGAACUAUAGUCAUCAUGGACGUCAUUGCCGAAGACAUAAAUGUGAAUUCAAUGGAAGCUGAAGAUACGAAGCAGGAAAAACCAGAUUUAGAAGAAGCAGUUCUUCCGAGUGAAUAUGCUACGUCGCCACCUAGGCCUUCUGACAUCCAGUCUGACAUCCUCUGCCAGCCAGAUGAGAUGGAAAGCUCAGCACUAAAACCCCAAUACGACUCAGAUACAAUCGUAAGCCCCAUUAGAAAACUGGAAAUAUCUGACGAUGGAAGUACGACUGAUGAGAAAAAAACAAAAAAUUCGAACGAAGAAAACUCAGCUCAAAAUGGUAUAAAAAUGGAAAUUGAGAAUAUUAUAACACAUGAUUACGGCUUUGACAACAUAAAACUGAUCGCCAGUUCAAACGAUUACUUCACACCUAAUCAAUAUCUUGUUGGAUGCAAGUGGUCACCUGAUGGUUCUUGUUUAUUGACAAACUGUGCGGACUGCAGACUUAGGCUCUUUGACCUUCCGAACCACUUGUAUACCAUGCAGGAGUUGGAAACAGACGAAGUUACCUGUCUUAAACCAUCGCUGACAGUUGCUGAUGGAGGGCUGAUCUACGAUUACGAUUGGUAUCCUCAUAUGUCUUCUUGGUCACCGCUGACCUGUUGCUUUCUCAGUUCGAGCUCUGAAACUCCAGUUCAUCUAUUUGACGCGUUCACAGGCGACAUCCGAGCAUCAUAUAACGGUUUGAACUAUGCAGAAGAAAUAACGAACGCUUACAGUGUGAAAUUUAGCCUUUCCGGUGAUAAAAUUUACUGCGGAUACACAAACUUUUUGAAAAUUUUUGAUACAGCAAUACCCGGGUCUAAAUGUACAACCUUAAAUUUGAAACAUCUUAAUGAUCAAAGGGGGAUGGUGUCUUGUAUCGCUCAAAACCCAGCAAUCACAAAUCUUUUCGCAGCCGGUACCUAUAGGAGCACGAUUGGUCUGUAUACGGAUGAAAAGGACGCAAUUUGCCUUAUGAAAGGUCAGAAAGGUGGCGUGACACAUUUAAUGUAUUCAACUGAUGGAACAAAGCUGUAUUCCGGCGGAAGGAACGACGAAGAAAUUUUGUGCUGGGAUCUGAGAAACCCAGGAGACGUUUUAUACGUAAUAAAACGUACUGUGAAGACCAACCAGAGGAUAUAUUUUGAUAUGACUGCAGACGGUCGAUUUUUAAUGACAGGAGGGACAGAUGGUAAGGUGACGUUCUAUGAUAUCACGAAUGAAAGCACCAUUGAGAAUGAAAAGCAGUUGGACGAACUUUGCCACUUUACCCCUCAUCUAGAUUGCACCAAUGGAGUCAGUUUCAACCGAAGGCUACCUGUAAUUGCAACAACAUCUGGGAAACGAAGCUAUGUAGAUAUCGUAAGUGAUGAGGAAGACGAAGAAAUGUUCCAUAAAGUCAAGGAUUUAAAGAAUAUUGAGAACACCGUCAAACUCUGGUGGAUAGGAAGAGUUAAACCAUCGGAAAUUUAGUCGUACUAUUAAAAAUCUAUGUAAAUAUGUAUAUAAUGCUACUGUAAAUAAACAUCAACAUAACUUUCUUUUCUAUCA